GUGUUCGGAGCGGCGGCGGCGGUGACUUUAAGCUCCCGGUGGGUGCUGGCGGGGUGUUCGCUCCCGGGGAAUCCCUCCGUGCAAUGCCGCGCUCCGACUCCUACUUGCCCGUGGCCCCCGGCGGCCCGGAGGAGAGCUUCUUCAGUCUGGACGAUAUCCUGAUGACCCAGGAGAAGCUGCCCUGUCAGACCGAGACGGCGCUGCCGCGGCUCGGCUUCCUGGACAAGAGCGGCGAGGCCCCCCUCAUCCCCGAGGCCACUAAAAUGGAGCUACCUCUUUGGCUGGCCAAAGGACUUAGUGAUCCCAAGCGCCGUAUUGUCUCCGUCAGUGCCCCAAAAAUAUAUAAUGGAAGAUGGCGGACAAUCUUCAACGCCGAUGCAAAUGUCGUGGACCUGCACAAAAUGGGGCCGUAUUAUUAUGGGUUUGGGACGCAGCUGCUGAAUUUUGAAAGCCCAGAGAACACGGAGAUUGCUCAGACAAUCUUACAGACAUUUGUUAGUCGCUUUCGUCGCAUCAUGGAUUCUUCCCAGAACGCGUAUAAUGAGGACACGUCGGUGCUGGUGGCCCAUUUGGAUGAGCUGGAGCGGGGGUUGUUCCACGCUGGACAGAAGAGUUUGAAUGACUUCCAAAGCUGGGAGAAGGGGAAGGCUGUCCAGAUCACCACCUCCCACCUGGUUCAGAGCUAUGGCAAAAGGAAGUUUUCAGAAAUGGACAGCUGAAAUGAAACCGCAUGGGACAAACUGGAGGGAACAAUCACAAUCUUGUGACAUUAGGCAGCAGUUCUGUCUGAACAAUUAACCCCAAUCUACCAGUCAGAAGCCAGCACAUUUACCUACUGGACAAUGGCCAACAGUACAAAUGCUUGGCCAGGUGUGCAUUGCACUCACUGCAUUGUUCCUGCAUGUUGAAAACCUGCUUCUGAAGGCUUUUUACGAACCUAUGUAUUUAUUCUGAUUCAGUGAUUUUCAUUAUGCUGACUCCUUGCGUGCUCCUAAUGCACAACUUGGAGCCUCUUCAACCAAGAUAUGAGACUGUUCUCCAUUUUUAAUUCUUUGUUACAUCCCAAAAUUACUGUGCUUCUAUUUGAAGUCAAAGAACGGCGAAUGGUACUGACUACGUGUCAUAACAAUACACUGUCUCUUUUUAAUUCUUCUUGACAAAACAUUUAUUGGAAGAUUGUAACUCUGUUUCUCACUUUUAAGUCAAACUGUCUGGUAUUUUAUUUAAACUAGUCCAGCACAAGAGAUUGUCCAAUUUCUCUAGUGAUAGAAGAUUGAACUCAAGUGUCAAAAGCUUUCAUCCCACACUUGAUUGAUAUUCAAACAGCCUGCUUUCAUCUCUUGUGCUCAAUUGAAACUAAGAAGUAUAGGGUGCUUUGCUCUGGAGGAGGAGAGAGAUGGCCUAUUUAAUUAGCACAUCUGAGCGCACUACAUAUAAGUGGAGGUUGACGCUCCUAAUUGGCCUCUCUACAAGUAGGAAGGAGGAGUGACUGGAAGGCAGCAAUGGGAUGUAAGCGAAGCAGACAAAUCGUUAACUUGUUUGUGUCAUCAUAAACAGGUUCAUUGAGUCUAACUUCAAUUCUGUGCUUCCUUACAAUGUGCCUUCAUUUUCUUGUUGGCAUUGAGCAGAGAUUAGUGUUGCCUGGCAACUCAAAUAGAUUGAGGCUUUACUUUCAGCUGGUCUGUAGGGUUGAAGCCAGGGCCAACUAGUAUUUCAGUGUGUCUGUAGCAGCUAAACUUUAGAAAUUCUCAACUGGGUUGUUGCAUGGCAGUGAUACUAGUUCAGGAAGUUAGUACGUGUGCAUUAGUUCCGUUAUUUGUUUUGAUGAAGUGCAGUGUUUUAAGUUGGUGUCUAAAAGGAAUCUGGUCGACUCCAACUCCUUGACUUGUAGCAAUCUCUGCUGCAGGUUGGCCCCAAACUGGUUGAACUUUACGUUUAAAAUGGAUUCCAUAUGAUGAAUGUAAUACCUCCACUUUCCCACUGAGGGCAACAGAGGUACAAUUUCAGAGGCUGCUCUGCUUCAGUCCAGUCUGGUGAUAUUGAUGAUCAGAAAAAAAUGUAGGGCAAUGGAAAUGUAAAUUUGGGGUUUCAAUUAUUCAUUGGUUUUAACAUGCUUGGUUCUGGUUGUCAUAGACUGAUCCAUGUGGUAGUCUCCCAGUUGAGUAUUUGGAUGUGAAACUGAAUUGUGUUAUUUUAAAGCCUUUAUGCUUCUUGCCAAAGUUUAAUGCACUUCAUGUUGAAGUCAGGAUGGUUGUGAGUAUGACAAGAAUUUCAUCUAAUUCAAGAGCUUCUGAUGAUAUAAACAGCAGAAGCAAAGCUUAAUGUUUGAGGCUAAAGCUUACCGUAAAUCCAUUUAUAACGCAAGCAUCUAUCCUUUAAAUAAAAUAAAUGUAACUUUUAAUAAUUUUAUUGUGUAAUCUGGCUCAGAUUUUGCACAUAGACCAUUCUGUCCAUUUGAUCUGUUUUAUUUUUAAAGAUUUGAAUCUAUCUGAUUUUAAUCUGCUUUUAAUAUUUUGAGUGGCUUAACAUUUUUCAUGUAAUGUGAUGUUCUAUGAUAAUACCACUAAACAGCUUAGUGUUUCACAUAUCUAGGUCAUUCUGGAAUUCCUGUUUUUCCACCACGACCUGGGUUUUGAUACCAGACAUGUAUCGCAGUUAACUUUGACAUCUUUCAGUAGAAUAAUUCCCUCUGUAUCUGUCUGUAUCUGUUUUGGUUUUUAAAUUGCUCUACUGAAUUCUGGUCAUUUUGGAGUGAAAGCAAAGGAAUAAGUGGAACCUCGGUCAUCUUGACACUCUGGCCCAUUCACAAGGUUUCUGUAGUUUUGUGCACUUCGUGCAUGGACAGCGUUUUCACUCUGCAGUGCAUGAAUAUGGGAAAGAUUGACGAGAUACUUAACCAAUUCUUAUAAUGUGAUAGAAAUAAACAGUUUUAAUAGCUC